GAAUUGCACUUACUACUUAUGAGCCUCUAGCUAUCAUGGAUUCUCUUCAAACCUUCUCUUCUUCUUCUUUGCCAUUAUAUUCCCUGAAACACAAAACUCGUACUAGAUAUAACCUAAAUUAUUCUCCAUUGCGGUGCCAUUCGUUGAAGGAGAGUAUUGAAGAUCCGAAACCGAAUUAUGAGCUCGGAGCUCUCGAUGUCUUGUUACUCGAUUUAUUUCGCAACAAAAUGGUUAAGGAGGUUGGAUGGGACUCGAGUAAGCCUGGAUAUGAAGGACUCAUUGAAGUUGCGAAUCAUCUCAUGAACGGUCGAAGCAAUUCAGAAACCGAAAAGGCAUCGGUUAGGAUAUUAAAUUCAUUGUUCCCAUCAUUUUUGUUGCCACUUUUUCGGAUGCUCAUAGCACCUGUUGCGGGAGGUAAAGUGGCUGCCAUCAUGGUUGCAAGGGUGACUGCACUAUCCUGUCAAUGGCUAAUGGGGCGAUGCACUGUGAACUCUGUUGAUCUUCCUGAUGGAACCUCUUUGGAUAGCGGGGUACUGGUUGAAAGGUGCAAGUAUCUGGAAGAAAGCAAAUGCUUGGGUAUUUGCAUCAAUACAUGUAAACUUCCAACACAGACUUUCAUCAAAGACUACAUGGGUGUUCCUUUGAUGAUGGAACCAAACUUUACUGAUUAUAGCUGUCAGUUCAAAUUUGGGAUACUUCCUCCUAUGCCUUCAGAGGAUAAGACUCUACUGGAACCUUGUUUGGAAAUAUGCCCAAAUGCAACACGCCGUAGACAAGUUGGAAAAAAUGAGAACAAAAUAAUUCAAUGUCCCAAAGUAUAAACCUUCCGAAGAAGAUAUCUGAAAACAGCAUGGAUCAGUAUCGAUCAGUUCAUGGAAAAUGAUGUCUAAGGCUUGUAUUUUUUUUUCUCAAAGGACGAAGACCACUACAUAUGUAAUUAUACUCGUUAAGAACGAUUAACAAUUUACUGACA